AUUGCGCCCGACCCCAAAAUUGAAACACAAACCCUAAGCUCAGUGUCGACCUCCAUUCUCAACCCAGACUCGAGCUCCUCCUAAACUCGAGCUCCUCUUCCUGCUCCUCACCAUCACAAUCCUCCCUCCUCCAUUUUCGGGCGGAAUCUGAAGCGCCGAGAUCCCGACCUCGAUCUAAAAUUGAAGUAACAGCUCUGAAUCCUGACCCCGGCCUCGAUCUGAGAUUGGUAGAGUUGAAGAAAUUAAAGAGGAAUGGUUCUUUCCUCUCAAGCCCCACCGAAGUCGGGGUUGGAGCCCUAAACCCGAACACAGCAACCCAGCUGCACUCAACUGCGCCGUUUCUGACUCUCUCCGUGACUACGUGUCUCCGUCUCCGCCGUUUCUGACUCUCCGUCUCAGCCUCUCCGAGCUCCAGAUUGGAGCUACUUUCCCUCUCAACUCAAACCCUAGCCCCUCCUCCUCUUGUCUCACAGCUCGCAUGAGGCUACUGAAUGCGAUCAUGGCCGACGUCGUCACCCUGUCGUGUGCUCGUUGCAGCAAACCCGCCAAUCUUCAGUGUCCCAAGUGUGUGGCAUUGAAGCUUCCUCGUGAAGAUGCCGCUUUCUGCACUCAGGAUUGUUUUAAGGCUUUGUGGAGCUUGCAUAAAUCAGUACAUUUAAAGGCCAAGCAGUCCAAUGGGGCGGGAAAUCCAGAGAAUGAAGGCUGGCAAUAUUGCAUGAAGAAAGGACAGGGUCGAACUCCGAAACUUCUUUAUUUUGAUUGGACAGGGACAUUGAGACCAUAUCCUAUAUCUAGUAAGCGUGUGGUACCUUCUCAUAUUGAUCUACCUGAUUGGGCAGCUGAUGGAAUCCCAAAAGAGGAACCCAGUAGUGACCUGCAGCGUGUUGUUGAGAACAAAUGGAGGACUUUGAGAUUUCAAACCACUGAGCUUCUCUCUAUUUUGCUUCAAUACCAGAAAUCUACUUCUCUUGGAGAAGAUAAGCAAAUUUUAUAAAAGAUUUGGAGUAUUUCUUCUCCUUUAUGUUCAAUUUUUUUUGUUUUUGCACAGGCAGAAGCAAUAAUCAAAAACGAAUAUACAUCACUACUUGGAGAUGAGGCAAAGGGUUGGUUGGAUACCACAUAUCUGUCCCAAUCUAGCAAUUUUCGUAUCUCAAGAAGAAAUAAGUGCAGGGAACAACAUUUGUUCUGCAAGAGAGAGCUGAACUUAGGCAAAGACUAUUGACAAUCAUGUCCACUGGUACAAGAGUUAAAGAGGUAAUCGAGGAGUUUAUUUCCUUAUAUCAAAGUAUAGGUGAAUUGGAACUCCAAGAAGGGGAAUGGGAAAUGGUUUGGAGUUGACAGGUAAUAAGAGUCAUGUUCAAGUGAAGAUUUACAUAAAUGUGAUAACAAAAAGGUUAUUUGUUUGUACUGGAUUAUCUAAAAUCCUAAAUGAAAUGAAAUAAAAUAAAAUAAAGAAUGAUGAAAUAUGUAAAAUAGGUUGGUUUAUAACUGCUUAUAAUUGAUCUCAGCCCUAAGAGUUAUGAGGAAAAGUGCAUGCAGGCAUGAUGUCCUAUCUGAGUUUAAGUCUUUAAUAUGAUUUCAGUAAUCGGAGUAUUAACUGAGAGACUAGACAAAGUAGAGAAGUAGGGAGUUUGAAAAAGUAAUCGGAGUAUUGACAAAGAAGUUUGGCAAUGCUUAUUCCUGCCUCAAAGAAAGUUAAGCUUCAAAUUUUUUUUUUUUUUUUUUGGGGUCAGUUUUGCUAAGGCGGAAGCUGUCGUUUUUGUCAAUGCUUUUGUUAGUUCAUUUACGAUUGAUCAAUAAUUCAUUUAUGGUGUAGAAAACAUAUCUUACUUUCAUUGGGUAUCUGGCUAUAGAAAGUUACGUAGUAACUCCCAAAGCAUUCUGAUGUCUGAAAAUUAGAAGCCUUGCCUCAGGUGGAUGAAGUAAUUGUAUUAAAUUUGUAGAACUAAGCCUCACCUUGGUUAGAUUAAGCUGCUUUUUGUUCUCAUCAGUUGAAUGGGAUAUUAGGCAGUAUUUGCUUCAUCGUUUACUUCUCCGUUCAUUUGGCUAAGCAGAUAAGAUACAAUUGGUAGUAGAUAUCAGCAUAACUAUAUGUGUCUCUCCAUUCAUUUGGCUAAUCAUAUAUGGUAUGAUUCAUCAGCUGCUUUUUGUUCUCAUCAAUUGAUGCACUUUCUGUUGUGAUGUUAUUUUAUAUUACUCAUAUUUUUAGAAUUUGCAAUCCAUACAUAAUAACAUCUACCUUUGGAUUUCAUAAAAGCUGAAAAUUGCUCUGGUUUUCAUCUUUUGAUUUUAAUGGUUUUCACACUUUACCGAUAUUGUAUGCUUUUGAGAUGAACUUUCAACCUCCCACUUUAUUCUUUUCCCAUGUUUGUAAAAAGUUUUUUUUUUUGGUUGUGAAAAGGAGAAUUUGUAUAUUACUGCAUUCACUGUUAAGGAUGAGCAAAUGGGACGCAGCCACUGAGGUCAACAUUCUGUCGGGAAUGCCUCCGUUUGGGGUGUAACGUCGGAGCAUUCAUUUAGUUGUUUAGUUUCAAAGCCUUAGCUGAAAGAUAACCAAAUUAGGAUAACAAUAAAAAAUUGUGUAACAUUACUCUUCUCUUCAGCUCUAUGUUUUGUGCUGCUGUUCUUUCAUUCUAGGCUUUGAAGUAACUUAGCUUCUCAGGUAUAUACCUUUUCAUAGGUUUCUGUCUCUUUCUGUGAAUAUGGUUUUUUAUUCUUACUGCCUAUAUACUUCACUCAAACCUUUUGGUUGCUGAUUUCAUCUGAACCUUCAUUUCAGUUCUUUUGGAAGGUUUGAUUUCAGUUGAUAAUUUUUAAAUCAAUAUGAACAUGCUGAUAUAUUUUCCAGCUCUUGGUUAGAUUUAUAGAUAGGCUGUGAAUUUCUGAUGUCUUGGAUGGUCUUUGAUAUGAUCAUUUCGUAAUAUGCAAUUAUGCAUGUCGAAUGUACAAUCUCUAAUGUCAGGUGGAUAUGAUCAAUAGAUAUGGAAACUUGCUCAAACGCAGUGUCAGGUGGAAUUUUCUAUCUUAUUUAUUUUUUCAUACAGUUAUAGAUGAGAGGCCAAUCAUCUAUGAUGUCCGCGCACAACCCCAUUUCGUGGACAGCACUGCUGGAAGCCGUGACCUCUAGAUGGUAUGAAUAGACCUUUUCCAUCUUUGUACAUUGUCUGAAGGAUAAGUUGAAGAUUGGACAACGUCUGUGAUUUGACAUUCGUUUAUUCUUUCAAUUUCAGACUGUUAGUAGGGAAAUUCGGAAGAUUUUGACAGAGAGGGCAGCCAAGUUCAAUAUUGCAAUGGAUAAUGUAGUUGGUUGCUAUUAUGUUUAUGGGCUAGCCUUUGUAGGAUUUGGGGUUUUAUUUUGUGAAUUAUGUAGAAUCGUGAAUGAAGAUGAGAAAAUUAAUGGAAAGUCCCAAUUUUUGGAUGAUGAGAAA